AUGUCCAACAAUGUCACCGCCGCGACCUCGGCGGUGCCUGCGCUGGAUAACUCGUUUGGGGCUAUUCUGAUCGGAACUUGCAUUGGUCUCAUGAUGUACGGGGUAUCGUCAAACCAGAUGUUCCGUUACUUCCGUAUCUAUUCCGGAGACAAGGUCUAUCUUCAAGGCACGGUCGUUUGUCUCUUCGCGCUAGACACCUUUCACUCUAUCGCAUGCAUCCAUGCAUCAUAUCAUUAUCUGGUCACCAACCAUUCUCAGCCUCAAGUGCUGCUCGUCGGUGUAUGGUCUAUUAGAGUCUUGGCUCCGGUCACUGGAGUUACCGUGCUCGGAGCCCAGUCCUUUUACGCUCGAAGGGUCUAUCGUAUUGGGUCUGGCUACGCUCUUGUGGUGGCCCCUAUUGUGCUUUGCAUGCUGGGAACUGGCGGUUUCACAACGGCCGCUAGCUACGAGAUCUUUGCACAAGAGACGUUCGCCAAGUUUGAGCAUUACACGUGGCUCAUGUCUGGCGGGUUCGCGUUUUCGCUGGCCACUGAUGUGCUACUCUCCGUGACUUUGAUUGUCUUUCUUAUGCGGAGUCGUACCGUGUUCAAAAGCGCCCUCAGCCUUGCAUCACUAGUCUUCGGUCUAUCGCAACCGGAAAACAUGAUUUACAUUGCGAUCAACAUGCUCGCCACAAAAUCCUACGUUAAUGCCGUGCUCGCCGUUGUCAACUCCCGUCGCUCUAUCGUAGAGUUCACGCGGGAGACUGGUGGCUUCGGCACCUUCGGUCUGACCACGCAGCAGCAAAUAUCUCAACGUAUUCCAGCGCGGGUGGAGACUUUCCGAGUAUCGGAUGUGCAGAGGGACGUCAUUGACGUCCACUGGAACAUGCAGCCUCAGAACAACGUGCCAAUGAAAGAUCACGGCGUUCAGUGGACGCAGAACGACAGCAUAGUUUGA